GGUCGCAGCACUUUGCGAGAGUUCUCUGCCUCGCUCGAAAUCGCUCUUGGCUGGCGAUUUCGAGAGCGGCAGAGAGCGAUGAGGAUUCGAAAGCAAGCCUCCAAGAUGUUGCUGAUCCCUCGGCCUCCUCCUCCUCCUCCUCCUCCUCCUCCUCCUCCUCCUUCCACCUCUGUGUUUGAUCCACCGCCAUCGCACGAGCCGAUAGGAUCAAAGCGAUCGGAGCAGACGACCGAUCUGACAGGAAACGAGAGUCCGAUGGUGCCUCAGAUAUGCAUGAUGGAGCCACCGAAAUCAGAAUCCGACGCUGAGGCCGAGGCGGGGAAGGCGAAGAAGAAGAGGAACUCGGUCGCGCAGAUCACUUGCAAGAGGAGCAACGGGAAGGGGUGGCAGUGCAAGCGGGUGGCGGCGGAAGGGAGCUCCCUCUGCGACCACCACCUUUCUAUGUCCCGGGCACGCAACUCCUCGUCCUCCGUCAACAUAGAGAUGAACGCGGCGAAGCGGGCACGGAAGAAGGCGGAGGGUGAAACCGUGGCGGAUGACGGGUUCAAACCGACGAAAGCGAGACGUGGACCGGCGGAGGAAGAUUUGGACGGCGGGGAUGACAAAAUGGACGGUCCUGAUCGAGAUGGUGUCCCCUUCGAUGCCUAUUGAGAGUAGCCUCACUUCGAUUAAAUAGCCACUCGGCUCUUUCUAGCCGUAGGGAGGUUGGGGGAAGUCGCAGGUAUCACCGUGAAGAGAAGUCGUAUUACAUACAAUAUAUUGCUGAAAUGUAGAAGCGAAAAUGAACUAUGCAAAAGAAUGUAGCUCGUACAAACUUGCGCAACAUGGAACGACCUACCACCAAGCGAGCAGGAUGACUCUGUUUUGAGCGUGAACUUUUCCUGUGUUAGCCGAUUCAGACAACAGGGGAAUUGCCCGGGGUGCCCGCACGGCUUGAACGUAAACUUGAGAAGGUACGACACGUGGAUUAAGGCUUCUCGAGGAGAUUCCGUGUUCCCUGCCUUG